AUGUCCGGAGCUGGCCCAGCCCUCAGCGGUGGGGUCUGCGGAUGGAAGAGCUCACCGCGGGGGAAGUCCAGGUCCCUCUGUAGCUGGUUCUGGCAGUAUCCAUCCGCCCACGGCCACCUUCUGGGAAACCUAACCCCACACAAUCACCACUUCCCGCUCACGAGGUCUCCGGCUUCCCUUUCUCAGAGUGGAGAAGGCCCAGCCACCGCUGGGACGCUCUGCCCACUUUGCAAAGCCGAUGGACUUGAGGGGCAUCACAAAAGCCGUAGCCAAUCAGCACGCUCGCUGGCGCAGUGGGCGGGGGAGGUUGUUGCCGGGCGACGGGAGGGCAGGCCGGGUUUGGGAUCUGAGGCCGCCCAGGUGCCUGAUUUCCGGACAGGGUCGCUGUGGCCUCCGUGUUCCUCGGGGCUCUGGGGACCUCUAGAGUUCACCGUGAGCUGCAGAAGCCGCUCCAGUGUGCAAUCUGAGAAGCAGCAGAUGAUGGCACCAAUAUUUGGGUCCCUCCUACCCACAGAUGAAAUGGUGAAGCAGUUGGGAAAGACUAUUAAGAUACUCCAGGGGUCCUCACCAUGCAGAGCCUGGAAUACUUCACAUUUCGUACAAAAUAUCACAUGGAAGGGGCCUACCAGGGCAGACCACAUCUUCUAGACCACAAGGAACCCAGGAGUGUGCUGUGGGGACAUUGAGAUCGGACCCACAGGUUCCAGAGACGACCUCUAGGAGCCUGCAUCCUGCCAGCAGGUACCACCAGCUUCCCCUUCCCCCACUCUGGGCACCUGGCCCCACACACCAUUGCCAGGCAUAUGAGAUGGGCUGUAUUGGGUGGAAAAGGUCAGAGAACAGCGGAUGCUGCACUAGCUCCUGAGUCUCCAAGUGGCAGAGGCCCCUCCUUGGACCUCUCUCCUCCAGGAAUCUGGAACUCUAUGGUGUGAUUACGUGGCAGUGACUCCACCGCGCCAGAUUGGACAGCUCACAUAGCCGUCAGCACGCAGGACACAGAGGACUCAACAAAUCAGCAUCUUUACAGCAGGGACAGGAAACUCCAGGCUGCUCCAGAUGGUAGAGAGGUGAGGCCUGGGUUCAGGGGCCAAGGGCCUCCUCUAGGCUGCACCCUUUUACCAGCGGGAUCCUGCCACCUGCUGGGACCCUCCUGCCUCCCCACGGGUCUUCAUUAGAGGAUCCUACCUGGAGGCUGCAGUAACCUGCUUAAGGUGAGGUAGAGAGUAAUGGUUAUUUAUUGGCUUUGGUCUUUUACAUUUUCUUCAUAUUUCUGACUCAUCUCUGUGGGGUUUUUAAUACUGAUAUUAAGAAUGUUUCCACACAUUACAUAAUUCAAUCCUUUUUUUUUACCUCUCUCCUGUUCAUAUUUGUUUCCUAUUCUGCUUCUUGACUUUUAAUAUUAUUUUCUAUUUGUUUCUUGCUAGUACUUAGUAAUUAGUGGAUUUUAUACAUUAAUCUUUCCAGUAAUAUUGUUGAAUUUGAGUAUCAGUUGUAUUUAUUUUUAGAUUUUAUGAAUUAUCUAUGUAUUUAAGUGUCAUCCUAUAUAAUUAUGUGUGUAUAUACACACACAUAUAUUUAUAUAUACCAUUUUAUCCUUAGAAAUUGAUCUUUACACAUUGUGUUUCCUUUUUGCUGUUUUAUUUCCUUGGCUACCUUUUGGAUCAGCGCGGUGCGCCGGCCGCAGCGCGCCAGCCGCGGCAGCCAUUGGAGGGUGAACCAAUGGCAAAGGAAGACCUUUCUCUCUGUCUCUCUCUCUCACUGUCCACUCUGCCUGUCAAAAAAAAAAAAAAAAAAAAGAAAAGAAAUAGUAGUGCCCUCCUGGUCUAGGCUUACUUCCAGUGAAAAAGUUCUCAAUGAUCCUGUAUUAGUUGUGUUAAUUCUUUUAGGUUGCUUUUAAUCUUGAUCAGAUUGAAGAAUUUACUUUCUGCUUGUUUUUACUGAUAGCAAGUUUUUUUCCACUGGAUAUUGAACUUUAUUAAAUGUUUUCAACAUGUAAUCUAAACAAUCAUGUGAUUUUCUUUUUGCAUUUUUCAGCUACUUGGGUAACUUCUUUGGGAAUCUCGACAACUCUCGUAUUUUUACUGUUUCUUGCUUGUAAUCAACUUACUAGGUUUUCCUAUGUGAUUUCAUUUAUUAUAAUAAUCCUUUGCUUAGAAUAUUUCUAUCUCUUUAUGAAAGGUAUGCUUUUAAAAAUUGUUUCACAUACUGGUACACAUGCAUCAUCAUCAAUGUAAUUCUCAUUUUCCAAAAAUAAGUUUAAAAAUAUUGUGUGCUUAUUUCCACUUUGCACAGGUCUGGGAAACAUAUGUUUGUUUUUUCUUCCCUAGAAGUUUGGAAUACACCUGUAAGCAUGGACCAGAAAUUUUGAUUAACUUUUUUGUUGGUUCUAGUUUUCAAAAUGUGAUUCAACUUAUUUGGUUUAUGUAGGAGUUUUCCUAUUUCAUGUUAUGUUUUUGUUGCGGGAAUUUCAUUUUCAAAAUAUGGUAGAUUUUGAUGUGUGUAGUCAGAUUUUACUCCUAAGAAUUUGACACAUUUCCUUUAGUAGGAUAGUAAAGGCUAUAAUUUUUACUAAGGAAUGAUUGUGUUUUAAUUUCUGAAAUAGGUUAUUUGUGUGAUUUUUACCAUUGUUUCCUUAAUUGCUUUUAUUAGUUUUAUUAACUUUGUUAACAUUUCUUUAAAAAUCAUUAUAUCUUUGUUUAUUUGCUUGUGACUCUUACUUUUAUAGAAUUUAAUAAUAUCUGCUAUUAUCUUUUUCUUGCUUGAAUUCAAUAUUUUUUGAGUUUUUUAAUAAUUCUUGAUGAGGAAGCCGUAAUGACUGCUUUUCAGUGUUUUAUUCUAACAUAAUCAUUGAAGGCCAUGGAUUAUCUCUAAGCACUGAUUUAUUGCAUCCUCUUUUUCCCUAAUGUGUUUUCAUCCCCUAUAUGAAUAGGACCUGUUUGUCUCCUAGUGUCCCCAAUCCAAUGUAUUUGAAGCCAUCAGUGGCUACAUGUAUCUUCAUUUCUGAACCUGAAACCCAUGUUCUGAUUGGUAAAUUAUCCCUUGAUCCAUUAGAGACCCAUUCUUUAUUAUUAUAUGGAUGUAAUCACAGCAUAGCAACUACCCCUCCAGAGCCCUCUGCUUUCCCCAGGGGCAUGUGUGUGUGCCAUCUGUUGAGCUUGUGUGUUCCAUGAGGUCAGAGGCUGUGGCUGCCUUGUCCACCACUCUGUACCCUCAGAGCCUGGCACCUAGAAACCUCAGAAUAAAUAUUGAGUAGAUGCCUUGUGGCUGACCAUUGGCUAUGCAAUGGUGUACUUUGUCUUUUUCUAUAACAAAUGAUUCUCAAAGGUCAGAAGUAAGAAGUUGAAAAUAGGAGAGAUUAAAUAAGAGUGGUGACACGGUUCCCACUGACCUGUGCAUAUGCAGUCGUGGUUAUGCCUAGAUUUCAGAUCUUUUUCAGAGUGUUUUUCCCUCUGCUCUUAAAAGAAAACUGGAGAUUCUUGUGCAGUUAUCAGGCAGAAUGAAAAAAAAAAAGUAUGGGAAGAAGAAUUCAGAAGGAAAAUUAUAAGCAUCAUCUUCCCUAUGGAAAUAAUAAUAACAGAAAUAAUAGUAAGUUUAAAUUAUAUUGUAUGUUUUCUGUCGGGGCACCGGAUUCUGUCCUGGUCACUCCUCUUCCUGUCCAGCUCUCUGCUGUGGCCCGGGAGGGCAGUGGAGGAUGGCCCAAGUCCUUGGGUCCUGCACCCGCAAUGGAGACCAGAAGCACCUGGCUCCUGGCUUCGGAUCAGCGUGGUGUGCCAGCCACAGUGGCCAUUGUGGGGGGUGAGCCAACAGAAAAGGAAGACCUUUCAAUCUGUGUCUCUCUCUCACUGUCCACUCUGCCUGUCAAAAAAUAAAAUAAAAAGAUUAAAAAAAAUUAAAAAUUAUAUUGUAUGCUUUCUGCCCACUGUACGUUGCUCUUUAAUUAAUCCUCAUAAGGAACCUAUGAGAUGGAUAUUAUUAUUGUGCUCACUAGUGGGGAAAUAAUAGAACUUAGAAAAUUGAAAUAACUUGUCCAAGCUGGUAGGUGGAAAAUCUGGAAUUGUAUCCCAGGUCUUUCUGAGUUCACUGCUUAACCACUAGUUCUUGGUGGGUUCAACAGUUAAGGGCAAAGUCCAAGCCUCAUUCAUUUUUGUUCAUGUCCACACCAAGCUCAAGGCCAUGUAUGCCAACAUGGAGAGAGUAAAUAUUUAUUGAUUCAAAAAUACAGAUAAGCAAAGGCACUGGGCCAGGGUUAUUUUACUGGAAAACAGAGCCUGCAAGAAAGGAAACUCCAGAGCCAACUGAGAGCUAGCCUUGUGGCACAAGAAGUCUUGUAUCCUAUGGGAGAAAGACUUUAUCAUUAAGUGUGCUUGGAAUUCACAGCAUCAAGUUAAAAGAACAUUCUAAAGUGGCAAUAAGGAUGAUAAAUUAUAGGAAAGAGCUGGAAGGUUCCUAAAGGUCUUUUGCACUUUUCCAAGUCCUUGUUUUGUUCCAAGGACUAUGCUACAGGCCAGUUGGGAUAAAUACUCACAAUGGUGCAUGAGUAGAUGACCUUCAUAAGCCAAGUAAAUCAAGCCAGAAUUAUUAUAGAUCUUUGCAGUGCUUGCAUUCAUAUCUUUAGGCCUUAUCUCUUUCUGUCUUAGAGAGCCAGCUCCUGCUGAGCAGGGCUGCUAAUUCAAGUCUUUGCAUAAUCACCU